GCCGUGACGAGUGGCUGUCAUUUGUGCGUGUACCUCUCCGACGCGAGUUACAGUGACAGUGCUAAUAUACGCUCAUUGUACAGUGACAGUGUUAUAAUAUACGCUUAUUGAACAAUACAUGUUAUUUAGUGGUUCUGAAUUUGAAUUUGUAGUAUACGAGUUUUAAAAUUAUGUCAUAGUGCUGUGUUAAGUAAACAUUUGUCAAAAUGACGUUGUGGUGCAGUGCGUCCGCUGUGGCGAUCGGCGCUAUACUGACUCUUUUUGCGUGUGUCGCGUCCGAGGUAACCUUUGUGGAGGGGAGAGAAGAGCCUCACAGAUACACAGUAGAUGAACUGCUGUCAACGCAUUUUGAAAAUAAAGACUCUAAUGAUAUUGGGAUGGAUCCUUGUAAAGCCGAAAACUUUCAAGGUGACAUCGCCAUACCAGACAUAGAUUAUUUUAAGCCAGCCAACACUGCCCCCUCAGCCUCUAAGAUUAAUAAGUCAUUACAAGAAGAGGUGGAGAGACUUAAGAAGGAAGUAUUGUUAGAGGGUCUGCAAGUUGAAGAGGAAGGUCUCACAGAUAUAUUGAGAAAGCGGACGAAGCAACCGUUGCCACUCUCUCAGGAGAAAUCAAAGAAGUACAAUGAAGCUUCUAUAAACACUAAAGUAAUCCCACCUGGCUUAGACAAAUCUCUUCUGAGAAAACAUGGCAGACUACCACCAGAUGAAGAUUUUGACGCACCUAACCUUUACAACCAAAAUAAGAAUAGUAAUUUAAAUGAAACUAAUGUAACAGAUAAUCUAACCGAGUCAGAGAGUUUAGAACAAGAUGGUGUAUUAGUAGUUAACAUAUCAAGUGAUAAUAUUUUAAAUCUAGAAGAAUUUUAUCCCCAUAUUCAAAUUUCAAACUUUUCUCAUAAAAUGGAUGAAGUUACCAACAAAAUUCAAAGUAACAGUCGAGAAAUAACUGGAGACUUUAGCAAUAACUUGAAAUUUAAAGAACUGCCUGAAAAUGUAACUGUAGCUCCUGCUCCCACAAAUGGAGUGUUACCUGUAAAUGAAAGAGAUGAAGAUAAUGAGACGUUACAGAAAGAGUUAGUAAAUAAUACUAGUCAAGAACUUUAUAACAAAAUAUAUGAAGCUAAUGAUUUAUUGAAGCCCACAGAGAGUUUGCAAAGUUUAUUGCGAAAUACCUCUAGUCAUAGAAGACGAAGAAGAAGGAGACAUGGGAACGGUAGACGGUUAAGAAACAUAUCCAAUGAAAAAACAGGAGACAACACACUUAAACAUUCUGAUGAAAUCGCGAGCGAAGUUGAAAAGUACAAAAAAGCUUCACGUCAUGAAAAGAGGAUAAAAAAUACAACAUACUACAGGAAAACUAGAAAAUAUUUACUACCAGAACACGAGUUUGAAGAGAAAUUCGAGGUCAAACCACCACCAAAAGAUAGAAAACCUCAGGAACCAAAACUAAAUAUGACUAACCCAUUUGAAGGUUGGUUUUUUCGGGACACUGAAGUGGACUUAGAUGCCAGUGAAAGCAGAUUUUACAAUCACACUGAGAGGCGUCAUCGCACCGCCAGAGCAGCGACUAACAGAAAAGAGCGUAUAUGGGAGAAUGGAGUCAUACCCUACGAAAUCGAUGGCAACUUCAGCGGUGCCCAUAAGUCCCUCUUCAAGCAAGCCAUGAGACAUUGGGAGAACUUCACCUGUGUCAAAUUUGUUGAGAGGGAAUCCGACCAUAAGGACUACAUUGUCUUCACUGAACGACCUUGUGGGUGCUGCUCCUUUGUCGGCAAACGCGGCGGAGGUGCCCAAGCUAUCUCCAUCGGCAAGAACUGCGACAAGUUCGGCAUCGUGGUCCACGAGCUGGGCCACGUGGUCGGCUUCUGGCACGAGCACACGCGGCCCGAUCGCGACCGACACGUGCAAAUUAUACGGGACAAUAUUAUGACUGGUCAAGAAUACAACUUCAACAAACUCACGGACGAAGAAGUCAACUCGCUCGGUCAAACCUACGACUACGACUCCAUAAUGCACUACGCAAGGAACACCUUCAGUAAAGGGACGUACUUAGACACCAUCCUGCCGCUAGAAGUGCACGGGAAGAAGAGACCGGAGAUCGGGCAGAGAGUGAGACUGAGUGCCAGCGAUAUCGCGCAGACUAACUUACUUUAUAAGUGUGCGAAGUGUGGCAAGACAUUUCUGGGCAAUGCGGGCUGGUUCAACUCGCCGGGCUGGGGCUCGGAGGCGCAGCCCGCCACGCAGGAGCGCUGCGAGUGGCGCAUUGUGGCCACGCACGGGGAACGUGUUGUCCUCAACAUUACGGAAAUCGAUAUCCACAAGUCCGAUGGUUGUCGCUCGGAGUGGGUCGAAGUGUGGGAUGGCUACAUGCCCAACGCCCCAGUGCUGGGCAGAAUCUGUGGGUCCGGCAAAGGUCCCAUAAUGCGUUCCACUGGCUCCAGACUGACUGUUGUGUACCAACCAGGACCGAAGACUAAGCCUCAUAGAGGAUUUAGAGCACAUUAUGAAGCUGUUUGCGGAGGAGAUAUAGAAGUGGACAGCAGUGGUCAUCUGGAAUCACCCAACUAUCCUGACGAUUACCAACCCAAUAAGCUCUGCAUCUGGAAACUUUCAGUACCACUAGAUUACCAAGUGGCUCUUCGUUUCCAUUCGUUUGAAGUUGAAAAUCACGACACGUGUAACUAUGACAAAGUAAAAGUAAGAGAUGGAGACUCUCUGGAUAGUCCCCUAAUCGGAAUGUUUUGUGGACAUAAAAUACCUCCAGAUAUUAGAUCUACAUCCAACAAACUUCUAGUCAUCUUCGAGUCAGAUAGUUCAGUACAAAAGGCGGGUUUCUCAGCCACUUUCAUGAAGGAAUUUGAUGAGUGUGCCUCCAUCGACCACGGUUGCAGUCACUCAUGCGUCAACACCCUUGGAGGAUAUGAAUGUGCUUGUGAUAUCGGGUAUGAGCUGCACUCUGAUGGAAAGAAAUGCGAAAAUAUUCAUGAAGCUGUUUUCCUUUCAGAUGCUUGUGGAGGUGUUUUAUAUGCUUCAAACGGUACAAUAACAUCGCCAUCGUUUCCUGAUCUCUAUCCUCCGUCCAAAAACUGUCUCUGGGAGAUAGUCGCACCACCGCAACAUAGAAUAACACUUAACUUCACUCACUUCGACUUGGAAGGAAGCAAUAAUAUGUAUCAUCAGGAAUGUGAAUAUGACAGUGUAACGGUUCAUUCAAGACUAGGCGCUGAUGUUUUGCGACGCCACGGAGCAUUCUGUGGAUCAUUAUUACCACCACCUGUCACCUCUGAUGGAUCUGUUUUACGUGUUCAGUUUACUUCAGACACAUCAGUCCACCACUCUGGGUUCGCAGCAGCAUAUUACAUAGACGUUGAUGAGUGCGCUGACAACAAUGGUGGAUGCCAACACGAGUGCCAUAACACCUUGGGAGGAUAUGAAUGCGCUUGCCACAGUGGCUUUACACUCCAUCCCAAUAAACACGAUUGUAAAGAAGGUGGUUGUAAACAUGAUAUUACGCACCCACACGGCACUAUAUUCAGUCCAAAUUACCCUGACACUUACCCGUCAAGAAAAGACUGUGUGUGGCAGUUUUCAACUACUCCCGGACAUCGUAUAAAGUUAAUCUUUAACGUCUUUGAAUUGGAGCCCCAUCAGGAAUGCACAUACGACCACGUCACUAUUUACGACGGAGCAUCUGCAGAUGAGAAGACAUUAGGAAGGUUUUGUGGAAGUAAGCUUCCUCACCCUGUAGUCGCUUCACAGAACCAGAUGUAUGUCGUAUUCAAGUCUGACGCGUCAGUACAAAGAAAAGGAUUUCUAGCUACUUAUUCUACAGCCUGUGGUGGCUACCUUGCAGCUUCAGAAACAGUGCAACACUUAUACUCUCACGCACGUUACGGCCAUGACUCGUACGAGUCUCGCGCUAACUGCGACUGGAGCAUCGUGGCGCCACUCGGCCAGUUCGUCAGACUUACCUUCCUUACCUUUGAGUUGGAGCCUGAGACGAACUGCGAUUAUGAUUAUGUGCAAGUCUUCGGCGGCUUGGAAGGCAGUGCUGGUGAUUAUGGCAGUUUUUGUGGGACUAAGGGUCCACCCGAGAUAGUAUCAACAACAGAAGCCUUGCUAGUCAAAUUUCGUACAGACGACUCGAUAGUAUUCAAAGGGUUCUCAGCGUCAUACCAAGCUGUGAAGCCUGAAGUAUGGAGUGGAGAAGACAGUUCCGAAGGUGGAGAAGACUUGGAUGAGGAAGAAGACGAACAGAUACCCCCUCUAGUGGUCAGUAGAAGGGGCCUGCGAGCACCCUUGCAGCGGUUCGUUCGUCGGCCCACGUGACAUUGGUCGUUACGUCAUAGGCACCGACGACUCCAUAGAAACGCUCACAAUCGGCUUAAAAUUGAUAAUAGUCCUGUCUAAUGAUUUAAAAUUUUCGUUUUUCAAAUUGCUCGUGUAGCGAAUUUUUUCCAAUUUUAGGCAGGCCCAUAACCGUCGCAAUUUACGAAUCUCACGCAUCUAUAUACCUACCCACUAUGGAAAAAACUAAUGGGAACUAUUCGCUAUAGGUACGGGCUCGGUCUUUUUGAAUAAGUAGGUAUGUGUUUAGUAAUUAAUUUGAAGCUUUAUACGAAGUGUGUUGAAAACAAUUGAAACUUUAAUGAUGUGCAGGUUUUAAAUACCUUCACGUUAAUUUGGAAUCGAAGACUAAAAUGUUUAUGGAAAUUCGCUAAAGGGAUCGACUAUCGGCAGUCUGCAUCCACCUUUAUUUAUGUUUUUUCAAUAGAACUUUUCUCGGCUCUGGAUUCCAGUUUUAUUUGAGCCUUUUGUUUACUAAGCAAAAUGUUGCCAUAUCAAUGUAAAUUAUCAAGACACACGGUCGUGUGUCGAAGCCAAGUUCGAAUAAAUAAUUACAGUAGAGGCAAGAGUAACGUUGGUAUUACUUCGUGUUUUUUUUUUACUUAAGCUAUUAAAAAAAAUUAAGCUACGCUUUUUACUUUCCACAAUGUCAUCAGCGUUAUGACGGCCAUCUUACGUCCACCAUUUCACCGUCAUAUUAUAGCCUCUAUGUGACACGCACAUUCACUGCAUCCGUAGUUCAAAUACUGCAAAAUAUUUUCUCAAAAUUUAUGUUAAUUAAAUACUCAAAUGUUUGAAUUUUUUGUACAUGACUGAAUGUAAAUGUAAAUAAAUUAUUUAUAGGGAUACUUAAGUGUUUAUUGCAAUACUUAAUAGCGGUUAAUAAUAUAAUACUCAUGAUAUUAAAUUCCUAAUGAAAUGUAAAAACUUGUUAAAAUAUUAGUUAUUUACAUGUUAUUUUGUUUUUUAUUUAGGUACAUACAAUUAUUAAAACCAAAGAUAAUAUACUUAAUAAAGCGCCAAGACAUUUUAUAGUGCCAUAAUAUUGCUAUAACUCUUAAUAGAUAGGACCGAAAGUACUCGCAUGAAAAUAUAAUUUACUUAAUCAACUCUUUAUUACAAAAAUAGUGUACUUACAAAUAAUUACAAUGUAAUGAUAAUUUAAUCAUAGACAUUUAAAUACUUAUUUUCAUUCAAUGCCUGUAAUGUGAUUCGCAUUUUUGUAGAUAGAUAGGUAUUUAAUUAUAAUAUAAAUGCACAAUUUAGCAAGAAACAAAUGUGACAAUACAUUCUAGAUUUUAAGAUUUAUAUCAAUAAUAAUAAUAAUAUGUAGGUAAGUAUAAUAAUUAUUAAUCUAAUAAAUAAGCGAUAAUUACUGUUAUUACCACAAAACUACUAACUAUUUAGAGUUACGUAGAGGUAUUUUUUGUUACCUACCGAUCAUAUCAAAUUAUUAUGAAUUGAUUGUGUGGAUGUGGAUCAUUGAAUGUGUAUUUUUUUUUUAAUGAUGUUGUGAAAGUAGUUAUACUUUAUGUAUUGUACAAAGGACUUAGACUCUUUGUUUCGUGCCAUACAUGUGUUUAGGAACAGUGUUCAUAGAGAAUAUAAAAUAUAAUCUAGGUAACAUUUAAUAAAAUAGAACGUUCAUGUUACUUUUAACGUUUGUUGCCGUUACCUUUAUGUAUGAUUGUGCCAAAAACUUGAUACUUAUUGAUGAUGUUUAGAAUAAAGUAAGUUAGUAUUUUAUAACCUAAACUUGGGAAUAUUUAUAAUAAUAUGUAGAAUGUCAUAAUAUUAUUUUUAAUAAAAGGAUUGUAAAAAGG